UUGUAGUCCUGCGAGAUCAACAGCAAAGCACUUUGGUUUCAUCGCCACCUUCUCUCUCUUCGAUCUAAAUCUCCAUUACUAUCUCCGCCCACUUCUUCUCACAGUCCCUAUAAAUUUUCUCAACUACACCCUCUCUUUUCUCAUCUACAUUCCGAAUUCGAAUAAUACAUAUACAAUCUGUGACACAUACAUAUAAACACACACAUAUAUAUAGAGAGAGAGAGAGGAAAAAGAGAAGAGAAAAUGGAGGCCAUGUUGCAGGGGAUUGGAGCAGCAUCUGCAUCGGUAUCUCCUUGUCCUGUAGAUCGCUACUACAGAUUCGGUGUCGCCUCUCUCCAGUCACUCCCAGUGAUUCGACCUGAGGGAAGGACAAUUGCGGGUUCAAUUCUCCGGAGCUGCAGGGCUAGACAAUUCAUUACUAAAGCAGUGGCAGCAAAGGCUGAUAGCAAUGCAACUUCUGCGGCUUCAAAACCUGGGCAUGAGGUCUUGCUGUUUGAAGCCCUGCAAGAAGGGCUUGAUGAAGAAAUGGCCAGAGAUCCUCGGGUUUGUGUCAUAGGGGAAGAUGUGGGUCACUAUGGGGGUUCGUACAAGGUUACGAAGGAUCUGGCUAAGAAAUAUGGAGAUCUCAGGGUGCUGGACACCCCCAUUGCUGAGAAUUCCUUUACAGGCAUGGCUGUGGGGGCAGCUAUGACAGGCCUAAGGCCAGUUAUUGAGGGCAUGAACAUGGGAUUUCUUCUAUUGGCUUUUAACCAAAUUUCUGACAACUGUGGUAUGCUACACUACACCUCAGGUGGCCAGUUCACCAUCCCUACUGUCAUCCGUGGACCUGGAGGCGUUGGGAGACAACUUGGGGCGGAGCACUCACAACGCCUUGAGUCCUAUUUCCAAUCAAUUCCUGGAAUCCAGAUGGUUGCCUGCUCAACUCCUUACAAUGCCAAGGGCCUAAUGAAGGCUGCCAUCCGUAGUGAGAAUCCUGUGGUUCUCUUUGAGCAUGUGCUUCUUUACAACCUCAAGGAGAGGAUUCCUGAUGAGGAAUAUGUAGUGUCUCUUGAAGAGGCAGAGAUGGUGAGGCCCGGGGAACAUGUUACAAUCCUCACAUACUCCCGGAUGCGGUACCAUGUGAUGCAAGCUGCCAAGACACUGGUGAACAAGGGAUAUGAUCCUGAGGUCAUUGAUAUUCGGUCUUUGAAACCAUUUGAUCUUUACACUAUUGGGAAUUCAGUGAAGAAAACCCACCGUGUGCUUAUCGUGGAGGAGUGCAUGAGAACGGGUGGCAUUGGUGCCAGCCUGACUGCAGCAAUAAAUGAGAAUUUCAAUGAUUAUUUGGAUGCCCCCAUUGUUUGCCUAUCCUCUCAGGAUGUGCCAACACCUUAUGCUGGGACAUUGGAAGAAUGGACUGUGGUUCAACCUGUCCAGAUAGUGGCUGCCGUUGAGAAGCUAUCCCAGUAACAACAGCAGCACUACUGGUGAGGUUUAGUUGUCAUAAAGGUCUAGUGGAUCUCUUCAAACAGAAAUAUUAGGUGUCUGCAGCAUCUUCCGGCCUUGGUUCAACUCUACUCACCUUGGUUUUUUUUCUUUUCUCACUUGUUUUUGUUAACUGCUGAAGCUUUUUAUUUGCUUAUUUAAUUAAAAAAUGGCCUUGCCAUAAGAUUUGUUUGUCAACAGACCAUGUGUUGUACCAUGAAUGGGCUUUUAUUAUUAA